UAGUACUCCUCCUCACGCCGCAGUUGGUCUCUCCUCGCAUCCCGCCGCAAAUAGGAUGACUCACAACAACCUUCACUUCACCCUCACCUUCAUUUAACCCAGCCAGUGUGUAUCCACACACACUUGCCCCAUUUCUACAUCCACUCCCCGCUAAAGCGGCGGCAGCAUGAUGCCCGACACGGCGGCGGCUGCUGCAUCAUCGGCGAGCAACAUCAGCAGCAGCGACAGCGAGAGCUCGCGGCACAGACACCGAGCGCAGGGAGACGCGGAGCGGCCAGAGCAGCAGCAGCACAGCGCUGCCCCUCAACCCACAUCAACGGGCGUUUUGGAUAAAUUAUUUGGGAAGCGGCUGCUGCAGGCUGGGAGACACAUCAUGUCCCAUAAAUCCUGGAUGAAGACGGUGCCCACAGAGAACUGUGAUGUCCUUAUGACGUUUCCAGACACCACAGAUGACCACACACUGCUCUGGCUUCUGAACCACAUACGGCUCGGCAUCCCAGAGCUCAUUAUCCAGAUCCGACAUCACAAACACACCAGGAUGUACGCCUUCUUCGUCACGGCCACAUACGAAAAUCUUUUACGAGGGGCUGAAGAGAUGGAACUGCAGAAAGCUGUGAAGCCGGAGUUUGGUGGCGGCUCUCGCAGGUUCUCCUGUGAGGAAGAUUACAUCUACGAGAACGUUGAGAGUGAACUCUGUUUCUUCACCUCACAGGAACGUCAAAGCAUAAUCAAAUACUGGCUGGACAAUCUCAGAGCUAAACAUGGGGAGGCCCUUCACAACAUCCACUUCCUGGAAGGGCAGCCAAUCAUUCCUGAGCUGAGGGCACGAGGUGUGAUCCAGCAAGUCUUCCCGCUUCAUGAGCAGAGGAUUCUGGGACAGCUGAUGAAGUCAUGGGUGCAGGCCGUGUGUGAAAAACAGCCACUGGAUGAUAUUUGUGAUUAUUUUGGAGUGAAGAUUGCCAUGUACUUCGCCUGGCUGGGUUUCUACACCACUUCCAUGUUGUAUCCAGCUGUUAUUGGCUUUGUAUUGUGGAUGCUCACAGAAUCAGAUCAGACCAGCAGGGAUAUCUGCUGUGUGGUGUUUGCUCUCUUUAAUGUGGUGUGGGCCACAUUGUUCUUGGAGCGCUGGAAACGCAGAGGGGCGGAGCUCGCCUAUAAGUGGGGUACACUGGACAGCCCAGCUGAGUCACUGGAGGAGCCCAGACCCCAGUUCAGGGGUGUAAAGCGGUGCAGCCCAGUAACGGGCUGUGAAGAGUUUUAUUACCCACCGUGGAGGAGGAGAGUGUUCAGAUGGCUGGUCAGCUUUCCCAUCUGUAUAUUAUGCCUUUGCUUUGUAUUUCUGGCCAUGCUUGUCUGCUUUGAGCUUCAGGAAUUUGUGAUGGGAAUUAAGGAGCUUCCACGUGUAGCAAGAUUCAUCCCUAAAAUCAUGUUGGCCAUCACUGUGACGGCGUGUGAUGAGGUGUACAGAAAGAUCGCCUGCUGGCUAAAUGACAUGGAAAACUACAGACUCCAGAGUGCCUAUGAGAAAAAUCUCAUCAUCAAAAUGGUUCUUUUUCAGUUUGUAAAUUCUUAUCUCAGCCUUUUCUAUAUUGGAUUCUACCUCAAAGACAUGGAGCGUCUGAAAGAGAUGCUGGCCACACUGCUGAUUAUCCGGCAGUUUGUGCAGAACAUGAAGGAAGUCCUGCAACCCUACCUGGCCGAGCGCCACCGACUGGGUGAGCUCACGCUGCGGGCCGUUUGGGAGCUGCUGGUGUCUGCACUGCUCAAGUAUGGGCGGCUUGCAGCAGGACGAGCACAAGUGUCACCCAGCGACCCCACUGUGCUCGGGUCAGGCCUGCGCGGGCCACAGAUGGGUGAGGAGGGCCCUCAGGAGAGACGAAAACGCAAGUGUCUGAACGGUGGCUGCGGCGUCCCGGAUGAGGAUGUGGAGGAGGAGCCUGGGGAGAGGCACAGCGAAGAAGAUAACGAAUCGGAGAGCCUCAUCGACUGCGGCCUGAAGCUCCGGAAGGUCAGUUUCAUUGAGAAGGUGGAGCGUAAGUCCGCAAGCUGCGUCAGCCCGGUGGACGACAGCUUCCUGGAGGAGGGGAGCCCCACCAUGGUGGAGAGGGGCAUGGAUCCUGCCUCAGUUUUCGAGAUGUGUGAUGAUGAUGAUGAUGAAAACGGGGUUUCGGAGAUGAAGGAGCUGACAGCCGAGCAACUGCCAGCGGGAGUGGAGAACAAUACGUCAGUCCGGCUCAGGAAGAGGGGGCGGAGUUUAGAGAGGGCUGACGGUAAGACCAAGAGAGAUUCGUGGAUGGAUCCUCCUGAGGAGCAAGAAACCACCACGUUAACACAGGCCGAGAUGGAGAGCUGCAUGCAAACAAACCAGGACACUUUCCAGGACUACCAGGAGAUGUUUGUUCAGUUUGGAUAUGUGGUGCUCUUUUCCUCUGCCUUUCCAUUGGCCGCCAUGUGUGCCCUCAUUAACAAUAUCAUUGAGAUCCGGAGCGACGCAUUUAAACUGUGCACCAGUUUACAGAGACCUUUCGGCCUGAGAGUGGGGAGCAUCGGGCAAUGGCAGACAGUGAUGGAAGCCAUGGGUCUGAUUGCCAUCAUAGUGAACUGCUAUCUGAUUGGUCAGUGCGGGCAGCUACAAAGACUGUUUCCCUGGCUUAGUCCUGAGAUGGCCAUUAUCUCCAUCGUCAUCCUUGAGCACUUUGCAGUACUACUGAAGUAUAUCAUUCAUGUGGCAAUACCAGACAUCCCCAGCUGGGUUGGAGAGGAAAUGGCCAAGCUGGAGUUUCAGCGCAAAGAGGCGUUUAAGAAGCAUGAGCGUCAGGCACAGCAGCAUUUCCAGGAGCAGCAAAGGAGGAAGCGUGAGGAGGAGGACCGGCAGCGCCAGGCGGAGUAUCAGGCCCGGCGUGAUCGAGACGAUGGCCGCUCGGACUCCUCGGGUGGCGACCACCACCACGACAAGAGCCACAGUGGCAAAUCCAGACCAGGGGGUGGGGGGGAGAAACCCAAACGUCCCAGCUCGCUUCUUGGAAACAAUAAUGUCAUGAAACUGAAGCAGAUAAUCCCUCUACAGAACAAGUUUUCUUCUGGCUCAGCCCGUUCCCCGCAGUCACCCACGGGUAGCGAACCCAAGCUACCGGGUUUCCUCAGUUUUAAGUUCCUAAAGUCCCCUGAGAACAAAAAGGAGGCAGCGGCGGCGGCUUCCACUAGUGUGUCGACAGCUCCUCCAGUCCAGGAGAGGGCAGAAAGGUCCCAAUCACCUAACAAGUCCUUCAAUCCUGGGAAACUGUUUAACUUUGGGAAAUCAGAAGGAGGGGCAUGUGUAAAUGGGGCUCAGCCUUCAAAACCAGGGGAUGGGGGACAGGUGCAGGACAAGCCCCCAACAAAGUCCAACCUCAAUGGGGUCCCUGACGAAAUCCCAUCUCCUUGCGGAGAGAAUGGGGAUAAUGGAUCCUCAACCGAUGCUGAUCCAUCAGGCCCUAAGAUGUAACAAGAAAAUUAUCUCCAUUAAAAAAAAAAAAACAGUGUGAGACUUAAAAACAUUCCCACUCUCCUGCCCUCAGUGUUACUGAGGAUGUGCAAGACCUGGAAGCUGUUAAGUAAAAUAAUGGGGAAUUCACUAAAAGCCCGGGUGUACUUCAUUUUCCGCGUUCUAUCUGUCUAGCGCACAACUGAGCGUGCAAGUGUACUAUAUUGACGCGGAGCAUAGAUGGAUGUGUUCGGCAUGUGCGCCACCUAGUGGACUUCUAUUUUUUGAGUACUGAAAUCGCUCGCACAUGCACUGCUGUACAAGUUCAAAAAUUGGGCUGCAAGCAGAUGAUGUGCACGGCUAAUAAUGAAAAUUGUGUCUCGUGGACUGUUCUCAAACCAAAGCAGAACACGGACUAGGGCAGUUUAUUUUCGGCUUUAGAAUACAUUGGGUCCAGAUUAACGUUGUGUAUUUGCACGUGUUGCGUGCUUCAUUUUAGCACCCAGUUCACUGACGUGAGCGUAUCAGGUAAUAGUCGCUACUAGAGGUCGACUGAUAAUGGAUUUUACCGAUAACGAUUUAGGUUGGACCGCAAUGGCCGAUAACCAUCCACUAGUUUUUAAAAUGGAUACUGAAUGAAAACAAACAUAACACUCCAAUAAAAUAGUGCAGACCUUUCUAACAGAA